AUGCGUAAAAGCGGAAGUGCUGUGUACAUACUUAAACACUUUAGUGUAGUGUAUUCACUUAGGACUGGGGUUGGUUUAUAUGUAAACAAAACCGUAAUAAAAUUAAAAAAAAAGUUGUUACAACUGCCGAUUUCAGAUGAAAAGAACCAGAUUUUAACUCUCAGUGUUUGGCUUCGGCAGACUGUCCGGAGUGUAAUUGUUCCAUGGACAGUGUCCAGGGAAAUAUGGGACGCCGAUGGUGAUUUUCAAAUAACCCUGAAGACAAAAGCCAUCAUCUACAACACAGGCAAAAUAGUCUGGGAGCCACCGGCCAUCUACAAGAGUUACUGCCCCAUAGAUGUCGAUUCUUGGACCUACCAUGGAAACGAACUUGACCUUCAACACCUCUGUAACGGAACCAUCAUCUACCCCGAAGCCGACCCCAAAAAGGAAGCUGAGAUCAUCAUCCCUAGAGGCAUCGACCUCACCGACUACUACUACAACGUGGAGUGGGACGUCCUCAACGUUACCGCCCACAGAAGGGUGAAAUUUUACCCGUGUUGCCCGGAACCGUACCCGGAUAUUACCUUUAAUAUUACCCUAAGGCGGAGAACUCUCUUUUACACCCUAAAUCUUAUAAUGCCAUGUGUAUCUAUAUCGUGCUUAACUGUUCUGGUAUUUUACCUGCCCUCUGAUUCCGGAGAGAAGAUCACCCUCUCGAUCUCCAUUCUACUGGCUCUGACAGUGUUUUUCUUACUGUUAUCAGAUAUGAAUCCUCCCACAUCUUUGGUGAUUCCACUUAUAGGCAAAUAUUUACUAUUCAUUAUGAUCGUUGUGACUAUGUCAAUUACGUUAACUGUCUACACAUUACACAUCAACUUCAAAUCUCCAACAACACACAAAAUGUCGCCGUGGGUCAAACGGAUUUUCACGGAGAUUCUGCCUCGCGUGUUGUUCAUGAAAAGACCCGAACUGCCGCAGAAACCUAAAGUUCCCGUGCGGACUGUGAACGGCAUAGAGCUUCGGGAAUCUCCGUCCCCGAGUCAUGAAGCUAUGCACACAUAUGAGAAUGUGCAUGCGCAAAGUGAGUCAGCAGAGACGGAGUGUACAACAUACUAUCCUCCAGAAGUCAUGGAGGCCAUCAAAGGCGUCACUUUUAUAGCUAACCAUCUCAGGAAGGGUGAUGAGGAUAUUGCUGAAGAACGAGACUGGAAAUACAUCGCCAUGGUGAUGGAUCGCUUCUUCCUCUACAUCUUCACCACUGCCUGCUUUUGCGGCACACUCAGCAUUUUCCUAUACGCGCCUUCGCUCUACGACCCGCGGGAACAUAUGGUUCUUAAAGAUCCCAAUAACCAAUGUUUAUACUGA